UCGAGGGACCCGCAGUCGUUCGGUAGAUUCGCUUUACGGCGCAUCGUUCGCCGCGGCUAGUGUGACACGCGGUUGAUUUUUCUCUCCCCCUUUCUUUUUUUCUUCAUUAUCAUACUCUUAUUCUUAUUCUAAUAUAUAAUUUUUUUUUUUUUAUUAUACAUAUAUAUUAAUUCUUUAAUAUAUAUAUGUAUAUGUAAUACAAAACAACGAAAUCACAUUUCGAGUUACGUCAACUUGAAGAAAGGAGAUCCGUGGCUGUGAGUGCAAGAGAGAAAGAUCUAAAUAAGAAGAAGAAUUUCUAGUCAUUGUUUCGCUACUCGUGAUUUAUUAUUAUUAUUUUUAUUAUUAUUGUAAUAUAUAUAUUUAUAUAAAAAUAUAUAUUAUUAUUAUUAUUAUUAAUUAUAUAUAUUUUUUUUCUUUGGCGAAACAAUUCCGUUUUACGGGAAACAUUUCUAUCGGUGGAUUCUUUAUUUCAUCGUCAUCGAUAUUGUGCUUCGAGUGACGGACAAAACUGUGUUAUUUUGCGUAUUUUGAUUUUGAUACGUUUCGAUCGUUCGUUUCUUUUUUUUUUGUUUUCUUUUUCCCUCACCGCCAAGAAAACGGAUAAAAAUACAACAUAAUCAUCGUCAUUAGAAGUUGGAUUCUAUCAUCGUGAUAUUUGGUCUUCGCACGUAUUAAUUAUUUCAAGAUUUUCGCACGCUCUCGACUCUCGAGAGCAGUACGGCCAGAUUUAUGGGGGUGUCCGGAGAGUGCGCGGUCAAGGGCAGCAAGAGCCAACCCUGUCACUGCUGCGCGAGUCACGUCGUUGCUAGUCCAAGCGCAAGCGUGCACCAGCAACAACUUCAACAACAUCACCAUCAUCAUCAUCAUCAAUUGCAACAGCAACAACAUCAACGGCAUAAUAAUAAUCAUCAUCAUCAUCACCAUCAUCAUCACGAGAUACAUCAUACCAUUAAUCCGAAUUAUAACAAUCACAAUCAUCGUCAUCAAGAUAAAAAUAACGCGCCGGUUGAGGUACAAAACAACGGUGACAACAGCAACAUACUCGGACCGCUUCGCAGCAAAAUGAAAGUAUUGAAGAAGCUUAAACGCAAGAUGGGAUUAGCACCCAGAUCGUCAAGUGCAGGUACCAACAAUCUACCACCUUUGACCUUCCAUCAGGUGCACGGUGAUAAUAUUCUACUUUGUAAUGGCGGAACUAUUGCAAGGAGGCACGAAAGUUUUUGCAAAGGAGUCACAUUUAGUGCAAGACCAGUCCGAGUCGGUGAAAAGGUAUGCGUGAAGUUCUUGGAAAUCUCGGAUAAUUGGAGUGGUGUAAUACGUUUCGGAUUUACCAGCAACGAUCCUAUAAAUUUAAGAAGUGGUCUACCAAGGUACGCUUGUCCCGACCUAACGAACAAACCUGGCUAUUGGGCUAAGGCAUUAGCCGAGAGGUUCGCUGAACCGGACACUGUUCUAUUUUAUUACGUCACAUCCGCCGGAGACGUUCACUUCGGUGUCAAUGGGGAAGAAAAAGGUUUAUUCUUUACUGGCGUAGAAACUCGUAGUCCAUUGUGGGCUAUCAUUGACGUAUAUGGGAACAGCACUGCCAUCGAAUUCGUCGAUCCAAAUCGACAACAUUUUAAUAAUAUCAGACGAGGUGCGGAACAUAGUAACGAGGAUAAUGCACAGCACAGCAGGCACUCGGCGAUGGACGAUGCUAGCAAUGCUGGUAGGGACGUCGAAAGAAUCAUCGUUCCGUCCAUGCAAAGCAUGUCGAUCCAUCAUGAGCCUGACGUUGAACUACCUGGACUCAGGUUUCAACCAUCCGGUGUCAUCUUCACCCCGUUACCCUUCCACCAUACCCGCGGCAGGAACAUCCGUUUCAGCAACCAACAGUGCGUGGCAACGCGCACCGACACGGAAUUCUGUCACGGCUACGCCUUCACAGGACGACCAUUGCUACUAGGCGAACGAUUGGUCGUGCAAAUCCUAGCGACGGAACCGAUGUACGUCGGAGCACUCGCCUUGGGUUUGACCUCUUGCGAUCCAGCUCGAUUAACAGCCGAAGAUUUACCAGACGAUAGCGAUCUUUUGUUGGAUCGUCCAGAAUAUUGGGUAGUUUCUAAGGAUGUAGCAUCGAGUCCGCAACCUGGCGAUGAAAUUGCCUUUACCGUAACUCAUUAUGGGGAAGUUCAAAUGAGCAAGAACGGUAGUCCACCAAACGUAGUCAUGCACGUAGAUCAAAGUCUCCAACUUUGGGCAUUCGUAGAUGUUUAUGGUAGCACGCAGCGCGUAAGAAUGCUCGCGAGUAGACCCACAUCUCCGCCAAGGCAACGUCAAAGCAAUCCUUCUCCAGCUACGAUAMUUCAGCAACAACAACAACAACAGCAACAACAUUCUAAUCAUAGUAACGCAGCCACAGAACUUUCGAGAUUUUCCGAAAUGGUUCAGUUUAAGCCAACCGUUGGUGGUGGAACGGUACUAGUCGUGAAUCUCCCACCUCAAGGUGGUUAUCCAGCACCACCACCACCUACUCCCCAACCAAUCUACGCAUCAGCCGCACACAGAAACCCAUCAGCAACGGUGUCACAUUUACCAGCUUCUUCGGCAGCAGCACCUGUACCUCAUCCUGGAUCUUCCAGACAAUCGUCACCACCGCUCACCGGUACUAUGACCAGCACAGGUUCCUCGACUUACGUCGAUCCUGUGACUUAUCAAAGUCUCGACGGUACUCUCACAUCUCAAGCAUCCUCUCAUCUUCAACAAUGGAGCGAAGGUCUUCAACCAACGCCAGGUCAACCAAGCGAGUGUUCCAUUUGCUACGAGAGGAGUAUCGACAGUGUCCUAUACAUGUGCGGCCACAUGUGCAUGUGUUAUCCUUGCGCUAUUCAACAGUGGCGUGGCAAAGGUGGCGGUCAUUGUCCACUAUGUCGUGCACCCAUCAAGGAUGUUAUUCGUAUUUAUAGGUCCUGAACGCCGGCACCACGUCGAUGUCGUGCUAAAGACAGGUCCAGAAACUGAAAUGGCAAGCUACGGCUACGGACACGACGAUGAUUAUUCGCAUCUCGCGGUUGUUCUCGUCUUGAUUGAGAUCAGGGAUUUGGCCACCGUUGAUCUUGGAAGAUGAUGAUGAUGAUCUUCCUCUUCCGUGAUCGGCAUUAAAAGCGUGGUCUUCUUUUACGUCUUUUCCUACUGCCGAUAGUGUGCGUACUACUACUACUACUACUACUAUUACUACUACUACAACUACUACUACUACUAUUACUACUAUUACUAUUACUACUACUACACAACUACAACUACUACUUUGAUUUUAUCUCGAUUGCAUUGGGACUAAAGAAAGAGAGAGAGAAAGAAAGUGAAAAACAAAGAUAGAAAGAGGAUUUAUUAUAAAAAUAGAAAGAUUAU